AUGCAGCUCAGACACUGGUUGCCUACCGCCGUUAAAACCCACGAAGAAGAAGUUGUUCCUUCCCUUCGGUCAUGUGACGUCAUGAGCAGACCGUGUGAUCCGCUGCUGUAUCCAUCCAUGGUGUAAGAGGGAUCCAGACCAUCAACUCCACCAGCAGGCUACUGUUCUUAUCAUUAUCCCCGUUGUAAGGAAGAAGACGAGGCUUUUGUUUGAGGUGUCGCUGCUGGCCGCUGACCCCCCCCUCGCAGAGAGCAGGAUGACGGCGGCGGUGUUCUUCGGAUGCACCUUCAUCGCGUUCGGCCCAGCCAUCUCUCUGUUCCUCUUCACCAUCGCCCGGGAGCCGCUGAGGGUCAUCUUCCUCAUAGCAGGAGCGUUUUUCUGGCUGGUGUCUCUGCUGCUGGCCUCUCUGGUGUGGUUCAUCUCGGUUCAGAUCAGUAAUAAGGACAGCGCGACGCAGCAGAAAGGUCUCCUCAUCUUUGGCGUGGUGCUGUCCGUCCUGCUGCAGGAAACCUUCCGCUUCGCUUACUACAAGCUGCUCAAGAAAGCGAAUGAAGGCCUCCUCACUCUCAGUCAAGAGGAAACCAUGCCGAUCUCCAUACGGCAGCUGGCCUACGUAUCCGGCCUCGGCUUCGGCUUCAUGAGUGGAGCGUUUUCGGUGGUGAACAUCCUGGCAGACUCUGUGGGGCCGGGGACCGUCGGGAUCCACGGAGACUCUCAGCACUACUUCCUGUCCUCAGCCUUCAUGACUAUGGCCAUCAUCCUGCUUCACAUGUUCUGGGGGGUUGUCUUCUUUGACGCCUGCGAGAAGCAGCGCUGGUGGGCGGUGGCCGCUGUCGUCAGCAGCCACCUCAUCGUUUCCUGUCUGACCUUCCAGAACCCUGACUACGUGGCCAGCCUGGUUCCCACCUACGUCAUCUUGUUCCUGAUGGGCGUCUGGGCAUUUUACUCCGCCGGCGGCUCCCUCAGGAACCUCAAACUCUGCCUCACCUGCAAAGACAAGGACUUCCUGCUCGCCAACCACCGGCCCAGAUAACGCAGCACGCCAGGCAGUGUGCAGGACUCUAUCCAAAGAUCACCGAGUUCACACACACGCACACACACACACACACACACACACACACACACACACACACACACACACUGAACACAGCAAAGAAGCAGUGUUAACCCUCUGUUCUGCUGUUUAAGAGGUAUUUCAUCAUCUUAAAUCUAAAAACAGGAAAGUAAAAGCAGGAAAGGAACAGAAAGAUCAUUUUGGUUUGUGUCCAGCUCAGAAGCUCAGUUUGGUUGUGUGAUGAGGUUCUAGUCAAAAAUACAAAAUCUCUUCGUCUGGCUGAUGGUGUCGCCUGUUUGUCGCCUGAUGAUCUAAAAGAAACAACAAACCUACAGAAAGGUAUUCUAAGUUGGCGACACUCUUUACAUUCUGUACAUAUUCCAGCUUUUCUGACGGCGAUCUUCUUUUCAAAUGUAUCAAAUCUUUCAAAGGGUGGAUUUAUCAUUUAUGAACAAAACUCUGUAAAUAUUAAUGCAUUUUUAAUUCCUUGAUGUGUAGAAAGUGAGAAGUUUUAAGCUUUUUUCAAGAUGUGAUGUCUUCAGUCUGCGUAAGAAGAACUGGCCUUUGAUUUGAAAUGAACACAGCAGCUGAGCGGGGAGAAGAUGGACUGGUGUUUAUUUGUUUUAUCCCAUCAUGAGGUCACGACUUCAAUACUUCUGUAGGACAUAAGGAUGAAGUCAUCGUGACUUCCUUUAGUUGCUUUUUGAUUCCACGCUUGAUAGGGAUGCACCGAUUGUAACAAUUUGGUCAAUAGCCGAUGCCAAUAUUUUUGUUGUUGUUUAUUCCCCCUUUGUGCCACGAAACAAACAAACAAAUCCUUAUCAUAAAAACACUGAACUGUUUUAAAGUCAUUCAGCCAUCAUUGAAAUGUAUAACCGUCUUUCAUCUGAAAAAGAUUCUUCUUUUGAAAAUAACAGCUUCAAAAGCUUUUCAGCUGCUAUACAGCACUAUACCAUUACUUACAUAGCCCAACAAACAUACCGAUCUGCGGCCCAUAAAUUGGUGCAUCCCUAAAUCUUCGGUUAUACUUUCCACAAAGACGGCUGCACGGACAUGAGCUGAUGUGGAAUUGUGACGAGGAAACGUUUAAGUCUUUUAUACUACGUGCAGGUUUCACCUUGCGGCAAACAUUCUCAAAGCUCCUCAAAGUUCUUUUGUCCGCCCAUCUGCGUCUGUGUGGUUGGAACAAUUUGGAUGUGCGCAGACGGGGGAAAACCCGCCGCACGGAACCCCUGCAAAGGGACGUGUCUGAUGGUGACGUCACUUUGGCCGUGCGACCCUUGCAGUUGCGGCAAGCAUAAAUCGAGCUUAAAGUUAGAUUAAGUAUUUCUGUCUUAAUCAAAGCUAACGAUUCCUAAUUUGAAGGCCAAAUGCAGAAACAUUUCAAAUUUUAAUUUGCAAGGUUGUCAUCGUUACUAUGUUUCCUCCCAUUCUCCCUCCUGUCUCAAAUCUGUUUAACUGAUCACAAGUUUUGUCCCACUGCUGUUUCCGUUCUAAGCUAAACUGGAGAGGAAUUAGACAAUCUUAAUUAAUACCUGCAUUGACUGUCAGUUACCUGAUUUAGCUCAUUAUCUGAAGGUAACUGGAGUCAAAUAAAAACUCAUCUUCCAUAUAGAUUAGCAGAAGGUUCCUGUACUUUAAUUCUCACUCUUCUGUGUAACAUUAAACAAACCCAUGAUGAUAUAAUCAGAAAUAGGACCAGGAACAGGAGGAAGCGUCAGCUCAGUGAUCUUUGAAUGUUUAAUUUCUUUGUUGCCUUUUUUUUUAUGUUUGUGAGCGAGCGCAAGAGUUAACGGUGUCCGAUACGGUAUCAAUUCCAAACAAUGAAUGUUAACCUUUUGCACCUGAUUUUCUUUUGUUGUUGGUCUACUUGUACAGUUUGUAUAGAUUACAGUCUGCCGUGUUUCUACUAGUUAAAUAGUUGAAGAUGCGUUCAGCAUGUUGCUUUCCUGCGUCGUGCUGCCACUUUACUCCAGAGAGAAUUUGGCUUGUUCACACAGGUAGAGAAGACUCAGUUCAUUAGGUACACCUGUAGCUAAAACUAGUACAACAUUCCUGCAAUAAAUCCUCCUUCAUCAAUGUU